AUGGUCAUAUCAGUAUGGGGCGUUGUUUUUCUUGGAUUACUCGGUGUAUUCUUUUAUGUCCAAUCGGUGACAUUAUUCCCCGAUCUGCACUUUCCUGAGGAAGAUAUGGCUGGUGCCAAGCCUUUAAGCGUGCCGAUGAUCGAAAGCAAGUACGCGGAGAAGGCCACUCAGUGUUGGGUCGCAGCUGGAAUGUAUUUAGUAACUUUAAUAGCAGUGUUUUGGCAAAACAAAUUUAACACUGCUUCCGUGCUAUGA